CACACAAGGAAAAAUUUUAUCAAAGUUUUUUAAUUUUAAUUAUAUCACCGUUGACACCAUUCAAGCUCGUACUUUCGUUCGUUAGGUUAUUUAAUAAUAUAUUUCUCGCGUCCGACUUUUAUAUUUUCUCGCAGAAUCGUCUUCAUCAGGUUCGUUUAUUACCUUCGUAAUUCUUCGUAUGUACAAGGUGAAUUUCGCGACCAAACUCUCGUAUCAAACAGAACACAGAACGCUUUCGGAUUGCAAAAUUUCCACCUCAAUUCAUUCUUAUUUCUCACUCAUGAAAGUGUCCAGUGCAAUUUACUCAGCCGAGCUGUACCUAAACGCGAUUUUAGCAAUCGAUUCGUUGACAGUUUUCGAACGUGUUUGCACCGAGCUAUUACAAUCGAAGAAUACGAUGGCGUUACGGCUAUGAGUGUGUACCGAUUCUCGCAGAAUCCUCGAUAUCAAUCACCAGCAAUACACUGAUAAUGGAUUCGCGUUGUUAUAAUCAUCACUUCAGCUAGUAGAGUUGAUAAGCAGCUAAUCAGCCUUGGUUAUUACACUGUCGAACGUAUCUCUCGUCGGAUCUGGUAACCCUACUACGCGAUAAAUGUUGGGCCUUUGAGUGAUAACGUCGUCGUCGUUCAAAAAAUGUCUUCGAAAGAGAACCAACAGCAGUCAGAACUUAGCCUUAGAAUGUCCGGACUGGUUAUUAAAGAUAACAAAGUCAUUCAACGCGAAAAGAACACCGAUCAAGAGAACCGUAAAGUCAAAGAGGAGACUCGCAGCAGAGCUGUUUUCCUCAAGGAUUUCAGAGAUAUAUUCAUUCGAGACUUGAAUAACUUCGGUAUAUGUGUCAUCGAUAGCUUUCUAGGACAAGAUCUAGGAGAAUUAGUUUACCAAGAGGUGCUACAGUUGCAAAAUUCUGGACUAUUUCAAGAAGGACAAUUGGUAAAGAAUAAUGAAAAAAAUAACAGCAUUAGAGGUGACUUGACAGCUUGGCUAACGGGCAACGAAGAAAGGUAUCCUAAUAUACGUAAAUUGAUCACAGAUAUCGAUAGAAUCGUUAUGACUGCUAGUAAAGUACCGAAUAAUGGUAAACUAGGAAAAUACGAAAUUAAAGAACGAACUAAAGUUAUGGUGGCUUGUUAUCCGGGCAAAGGAGCACAUUACGUUAAACAUGUGGAUAAUCCUCACGGAGAUGGACGCGUAAUUACCGCUAUUUAUUACUUGAAUAAAGAUUGGAACAGAAAGACGGACGGAGGUGUGUUGAGGAUUUUCCCCACUGACGAACGUAAUCACGCAGCUGAUAUCGAUCCGAUGUUUGAUAGAAUGUUGUUCUUUUGGUCCGAUAAAAGUAAUCCACAUGAGGUCCAGCCAUCCUAUAGAACGAGAUAUGCAAUCACAAUUUGGUAUUACGACGUAAGGCAGAAAAGUGAAUCAGUAAAAUUUCGACAAAAGCAAGCAUCGCAAAGAACUGAAGAAACGAACGAAAAUCAAAAUAAAAGAACUACUGACGGAUCGUAGUAUCAUAUUGGUUAAUUUUUCAUUUCAUUAAUCAUCGAGUCAUUUUAUUGUUGUUGUUAUUGUUGUCGUUGUUGUUUAAUAUACCAAACAAUGAAAUUUUGCCAGUGUAUUUCUUUUUCUCUUUUUUUUUUUUUUUUUAUGAUGUUAACGUUUAUUACUUUAUUCCUAUCCCAGUUGAUAAUCACAUUUUAUUGCUCGGAUAACGUGCCCCAUCUUUCUUCAUCUUCCCUCAUGAUAUUAUAACUGUAUUUUCAUUAUUAUUCAUUAUUUUUAAUGUUACGAUCAUGGAUAAUGAAAAAUGUUGUGAUUCAACUGUGUAUCGAUUUACCUCACUUUAGUACCUGUAUUUUUUUUAAAUUAAUAGAGCCUGUGUUGAAUAUUAUAGAAUCACGUCGUCGACUUAUACAGACGAUAUGUUAUCGAUUUAUUUAAUUUUUUUUUUUUUUUUUUGACUAAUUCGUGUAGCCUUUACCGAUUUUUUUCUUCUCUCAGACUCUGUAAAUAUUACUCGUGUUAUCGUGUACGUCGUGUUCAUAUUGUGUUUUCGAUCAUUGUGUCUGUUUGUUUUCUCCUCCUUUUCUCUCUUAUACUAAUUAAUAUGCAAUAUUGUAUAUAAGGUUUUUUUCUGUAAUAUUUUGCGAAUAAAAUGUUGUUAUCGAACGGUAUAA